CGCUUGGGUACGAAUGCAUUGAAAUUCUCCUCGGUCACGACAUGCAUGUCUGGCCAAAACAGUGAAUUGACUGAAGAUGCAUGAUUCAUCAAAUAUUCUGUUUCCUCAGCUCGAGUUUCGGAACGCUGUUCUGAUGCUGAAGACAUCAAGCUGCCUUUUGUUGUUUGUUCUUUGUGGAGGAACAGUGGCAAACCCUCUGCCUGCCAUCCAUGAAAGAGCUUAUCAUGAAAAAGCCAUGUCUAUCUACCUACUUAAGAGUGAAAUCGAAAUGAUUUUUGAAAAUACUUUGAUGACACGGAGAAGAUUUUUUACGAGCUUCUCUGAAGACGAUGAGUCCAGAUGGAAAUCGACAAUGGAAAAGAUUGAAUUUUGUGAAAGCAUGCGGGCAAUUAAAAAGCAAGUAGGAAAUUCAGAGGCUGAUGCUGCUCCUGCUGGUUGGUAUCCCAAGCAACCACAGGUGUAUGAAGCUCUACCAGCCCCCGACAUGGAGCUGCCAGACAUGGCUCAAAACGCGAUCGGAAAUUAUUAUGAGAGGGAUCCUGACUUACUUCCUGAUGCGGUACGUGUGUAAUAAGCUCACAAAUAUCAAUGUUUUUAUAUGGAUAGAAAAUUAGGCGUGAUGAACCUGACAUACAAGCUGAUAUUUCAAAGAGGAUACAGUGAUUGAAAUAAUUACACUGUUUGUAUGGAGAGAGUCAUGUGAAAAUUCUGUUUAUGAUGUUGACCAUGAACUACUACUGUAGUUGUAGAAGAGAUACACAGCACGAUUUCAAUGAUGCUGAUAAUGUUGUAAAUCAGAAAUUUCAAGUCAAUGUGACAGCAAUGACGAUGAUAAUAGAGUUAACACAAGGCUUUUGCAGUGGAUCGCUGCUGAUACAAAAGGAGUAUGGCUCGGGAGACCCAAAAUUAUGACUAAACUUGGCAGUCUUGGUGAGAUCGACAGAAGAUUACGACAUCUCGAAUCCAAAAUAUCUUCAAAAGAUGGACGGAAGUGAGUCUCUGCAGAAAAAUGACCAAAGGGAACAGUAUUUCUCCAAGAAAUGUACAACCCCGAAGAAUGGAUAACAGUUCAUUCACAUCUUGUCAGUCAUCGCGCGUUUAACAUUUCAGAAUAGACUACAGAAAAUACAUUGUUGUCAUGUCUGUUAUCUAGAAAUCAGACUUUUAAUAACAGAACAUAAAGAGAACAUGCCU